AUGGAGGAGGCUUCCAAGAGCCUAGAUGGCGCGGCGCGCUCCCUGUUUGAAUCCACGGCGGUUGCGAAGCCGACUGCCCAGAGAGGUUCCAGGACGGAGAGGUCUGAGAGGCCCACCAACAGCAACGCACUGCCUGCCACGAAGUCCCCCCAGCUGCCCGUGCAGGGGCAGAGGGCAUCCUUCAUGCAGAACGCCUCGGACAAGCAGGCAAAGGAGAACAUUGCCUGGAAAGCAAAGAUCGAUAGCGCGGCCUCCACUGCGGACCAACUGAAGAAGGCUUGCCACCAGGCCCCUGCCUCGGAUGUUUGGGAAGAGCCCGGCGAGACCAAGGUGAGCAACACAGUGCUCGACCAUGCCGAGGAGGCGCUUCGCCGGUGCUUUGAGAAGACCAAGGAGUUCCAAAAGCAUGAGAACAAUCCGCUCCUGGCCCUAAACAACCUCUUCAACCGUUUGGAUCGGAAUCACACUGGUAAGCUGGACCGUGGGGAGUUCGUGAAUCUAUGUUCCGUGCUGGACUUCCAUGCGAACAACGAUCUCAUGAGCGCCUUGUUUAGGCGCUACGACCUCGAUCGCAGUAACUACAUCAAGAUGGACGAGUUCGGGAGGAUGCUCUUCAAGGUCCCUGGUGACAAGGAGGGCAAGGCUCUCAGCACUAUCGCCAAGCUACGCGCGGCCUUGGCAUUGCGCGCCGGCGGCUUUGAGACACUGAAGGCCAUGUCCAGCCAGUUUCGGAUAAUCGACCGCAACCACUCGAACGAGCUUUCCAAGGAGGAGUUCAACACGGCCUUGGAUGUGCUGCUUAAUUGCUUCAACCUGCACUUUAGCGCGGCCGAGAAGCUUAACUUGUUCCAGCAGUUCGACCGGGACGGCUCUGGCUCAGUUGACUACAAUGAGUUUGUUCGGGGCAUCCGUGGAGAGAUGAACGAAUUCCGCCUGGAAUGGGUCGACAAGGCUUUCAGCAUACUGGACAAAGAUGGCUCUGGCGUGGUCACCACGGAUGAGAUGACCCAGACCUACGAUGUCUCCCAGAAUCCGGCAGUGAAAUCUGGCAAGGUGACUCCACAGCAGGCCAUGAGCCAGUUCAUGCAGCACUUCGACGCCAACUCUGACGGUCGCAUUACGCGUGAGGAGUUCAUUGAGAACUACGAAUGGGUGAGUGCAUCCAUUGACAGCGAUGACUACUUCGAGCUGAUGAUGCGCAACGCUUGGCACAUCGCUGGAGGUGAAGGCUGGUGUGCCAACACCUCCAACCUGAGGGUCCUGGUGAAGCACACCCGGUCCCCGGACGAGGUCGUCUGCGUGCUGAACGACCUGGGAAUGCCCAGAGACCCCCAGCAGCGCACGCCGUGGGUCAUGGCCCGACUCCGUGAACAAGGGGUGAAAGACAUUGCAAAAAUUGAGCUCCCUGGCAGCCAGUCUCCGGGUGUUUCUUGCUUUCAACGAUGCCCGAUGCCAGGACAUGUCUUUCAGUGUUUGGGACUGGCAACCUCCCCGCUUCCCUGA